UGAGGAAAAGAUCAUUUUAGUAGUAGGCUUUGUGGUGGCAGUAGCCUCUAUGUAUAAGCAAGGGUGCUAUGAGGGUAUUAUUAUCGAGAUGGAGGCUGAUUACCGUGUCAUGGAUCAUGAAAGACUUGUUCUGGCCCUUAUGAUUGAGACACUUGACAAGAUUAUAUGUGUUUGCACCAAGAGAAAAUUCAUUUGGAUGGUUAUCACUCCGAAGGAGUUGAAGGAAAGCUUUGAAAAAAGUGUCCAGAUGGAGAUUAUUAUGACCAUACAGGCGAAAUUUGAAAAGUUGAGAUGGUAAAUGAAAUUUCGAGUGAGCUUAUCAGGCGGCUUGAUUUCAAUGGAGUGAAGGAGAAGUUUUUGAUUUUAGUGCUAAGAAGUGUAAAAUAAUUUCAGAUUGUACAUCACCCAAACAUUUGCUAUCAAGUUUACAAUUCUUUCUAAAUACAAUUUGAAGAACUUUAGAUUAUUAUGUGGAUCCAUUUAGUUCGAAAGACAUUAAACUUGUAACAGAAGAGUUCCCAUAUCGCUCUUUUACCACAUUGAGUUCUGAAUUAGUCAAUCUAUACUCAAACUCCGAUUAUAAUAUCAGCAUCUACACCAACGAUGCCUAUCUCACAGACGGUGAAUUCAUGGUCAUAAAUACGACUUCUGUAAUUCUUCGUCCUAUUCCCAGUUAUCAAUCGAUGAAUCAAAAAGGGUUAUAUAAAAAGAUUGAUGAUCGACCGUUACUGAUACCUACUCAUUUUUAACAGCAUGGGAUUACAGAAAAAGUACUUUUUCAUGCUCUCAAGCACACUGAUGCUUACGCCCACCAGGCAAUAGAAAAAGGAGGAUUUAUAGAGAUAGUAAGCAAGGAACUGAAAUUCUAAAAGCAAUUAAAAUUUUGAGGUAAAAUAG